AUGAUUACAAAGGCCGGUGUUUCUUCUCGUAAGAUCAUCGUGGGGCUGGCCAGCUACGGACGCUCCUUCAAAAUGACCAAGGCGGGCUGCACUGGGCCCAUGUGCAGGUUCGUUGGACCUGACUCCGGCGCGGCAAAAGGCAAGUGCACCGAUACAGCAGGCUACAUCGCCGAUGCGGAGAUCUACCGGAUCCUUGACGAGGACGACACCGCAGAGACAUUCUACGACAACAGCAGCGACAGCAACAUUCUUGUGUACGGAUCCACAGAAUGGGUCGCUUUCAUGAACGAGGACACGAGGACCAACCGGACAGAUUACUACAAAGGCCUCAGCAUGGGCGGGACAACAGACUGGGCAGUUGACCUGCAGGCAUUCGGCUUUUCUGGCGGGGGGAAUAGUGGUGAUAGCGGCGACGGCGUCUUCCUGAACCAGUCCAUUGUCCACAUCUCCCCCAGUAUCUGGACUGACGGGAAGGAUCCUGCACCCGUGCAAUGUCCCGCACCCUGCGUCCUCGUUCUUCCAGACUUCCCUCUUAGUUCAACAUCUGUCAUCUCGCGUCUUCCCUAUAUCACGACCCUGGAUGUGGCCUGGCCAACAGCCGCGACCCUGACAACCGGUGGUUCGACUGUGACCACUACCACCGUGACUCGCAUUCUGCAGGAAACAACUAUCAAGGCACCCGCGGUUACCGUAACAUCCCUGUCGAUGGCUAAUGUUAACAUCACGGUUCCCAUCAAGGGCAACAGCACCAUCACCAUCACAUCUAGGCCACGAUUUCCGGCGCAGACAAUUACAAUCACCAACGACCCUAACCCUCUGAGCAUGACGGGCGUCUCCCAUCCGCCUGUCACUCGGAGCGUGACCUUGCCGCCCUGGCCUCAGGGCGCUGUCAUCUACUAUCCAAAGGAUUACGUUGACAACGGCGAAGAUGACAACGAUGAUGAUGACAACGACGACGACGAUGACGACGGCAGCGAUGAUGGAGGAGAUGAUGACGGCGAUGGCAAUGACGACGGGGGCAACGACGACGACGACGACGACGACAUCGAUCUUCCCCCCAUCCCGGUCAUCGCAGUCAAGGACGGCCCCGGCUCGCCCCGCUGCGGCGCUGACGAGGACUGCAGCAAGGUCUGUUCAGGUCCUCUCGAAUUCUGCUCGUGCUUUAUCUGCCCCAAAGGCGGUGGUGCUGGCGACGGUGGCUUCUCAGACCCCAAAGACCCUAACCUUCCCCUCGACCUCCUGGGGACCCAGUAA